CUGCUACGGCUGCUGCUGACGUCGACUGACUGCCCACUGCCGGCGACGACGACAUCAUCAUCAUCAUCAUCCUCAUCUCGGAAACUCUCAGUGCCAGACAAUUGCCAUAGCACAGCUCUUGGGCCGUCCGCGGGAUCGACACUGAGCACAUACAUCGCCUGCAGUCCGUAAUACAUACAUACGCCGCGAGCCCACAAUGCGAGCCGCCCACUGACAUGGCCACUCUCUCUCCCGACGUUCGCGAUUCCACUCUAAAGUCGCUCAAGCUGACGUGCCCCUCCGCCGAGGUGAUCCAAGACGCUUCGCCCGCCUCGUCCGCCGACAUGGCUACCUCCGACAAGGCCUACCCCUUCCAUGACGUAGGCGACGAGUGGUCCGACGAGGAAGUCCUGAUCCCCAGGCAGCGCCGCAAGACGCAGUCCAUCCCCCCAUUGCAGUUCGAAAAGAUCACUGCUACUUCUGCAGAGUCGUCUUCUGAGGAUUCUAGUUCGCCCUCGCCUAACCCCCAGCGCUUCCUCAGCGCAAAAGCCAGCCCCAAUGUGCCCCCCAAGAGCCCCUCGCGCCUGGGCACCUCGCGCGGAACCAGCCCGGAUGACCUGGUCCAGCGCUUCUACCAGCUCACCAAGGAGCGCGACGCCCUCCGCAAGGAGCUGCAGCGCAAGAGCAUGGGUUCGCACGUCCUGUCUGCACACAGCCCCAGGUCGCAAAAGUCGGAAGAGGACACGCUCAUUGAAGAGCUGCUCGCACUGCGCUAUGAAAUACGCCUGUGGAGCGAGGAAUACUUUACCGGCCCCAUCAAGUCUUCAAACAAGCGCCCGUACAUGCAAAGGGCGAAGAAGCUGUUUGGAAACCUCACAGACAACUACCACGUCUAUCUGAAGGAUCCCGACGAUCGCCCGCUUCUCAUACAAGCAUACGUGUGGAUGCGACUGCAACAAAAGAUUUUCAACAACUGGCAAAAGGGCAGUGGCUAUGUCUGGGCAGGCAAACUCGGCGACAAGAAAUUGCGCGACAUCAACGAUACAUUGCGACAGGCUGUCAAAAACGAAGCCGAAGCCCAAGAGUACCACCGAUGGCGCGCCCUCACCGUAAACCUCCUUGUCCCCCAAGUAGACGGCAAAUGGCGUCCUACUUUUGACGCAACACCUGUACUCAAACAAAUCUCCCGCUUCUGUAGCCGUAUGCGCCGCAAGCUGCGCCCAUGGGCUACACAGUCACUUCGUGCUGGAAAAGAACAAUUGGGCACCAUUGUCUCUGCAUCAGUAGCGCUAGAUCUCAAGAUGAAGCGCCAGCUCGCCGACUACCGCUUCGUCACCUUUACUGGCGGUAAGAAAGACCAGUAUUGGGGCUACGGCUACUACGAUAGCGAAAUGGAAGACGUGUUUGAAGACGACGAUGACGAUGACGGAAACGGUGGCUAUGGCAGUAGCAGCCCCCGCGGCCGAAGAGUAGAAUUGGCACUUGCCCCUGCGCUGGAAAGGUGUGGAAAUGCCAAUGGCCAUGUCUUUGACCAGAACUUCAUGAUGGUCAAAGCCGACGUGACGUGCAAGAGGCUGGAGAAGCAAAAGAAGCAGCAGCCCAGACCAAGAGGCGGCGGCAGUACAGUCGGUGGAAGAGGUGGGAAAAAAGGUUUCUGGGGGAAAUAGAGCAGUUUUUGCUCUCCUCAUUAUCCCUCGUCCAUCCGUCUCUGCUCACACGUCCGCAAGUCCGAUCCAAGCCCAGUUUAGAAUUCCCCUCAACAUUUUGCAUCUUUUGUUCUUGUUCAUCACCAUCAUCCCCUCAGCAUCUUGCAUCCUUUCUUUCUUUCUUUCUCCCCUUGUUCAUUUGCCAUCACAAUCCCCUACUACAUCUUGUGCGUGCAAAAGCAUUCUGUUCUAUUGCAUAUGCAU